AUGACCUCACUCGACGUUCGAGAUGUACUCAACCUACCACAAGACGGAAGCGCACCACGGCCGUCCAAAAAGGCGAGACCAUCCGCCCCGCGCACGAACCUAAAGGGCCUGGCCAGAGAAGUUCAGAGCCUCGGCGGUGACAACCCCAUAGCCAUCGUCCCUGAAACUUCUGUUUUCAAGAAGCGGCGACAGGCGAGCCGGAAGCCCGCCGCACGAUGGGAGCUGCGACAGUUUAGGAAUUCUGCAAGGGAGGAUCCCAGUUUGAUCCUACGGCAUUGGUGUAGGAAGCAGGAUGUCGCCGGCGGUGGCAUUGGCGAUGCGCCGAUGGAGGGCACUGGGCAAGCGCCACCCCCAAAGGAUACCAUCGAGGACUCGGCGUUUGCCAAGUUCAACGUCAAGGUUGACGUACCACAGUACAACGACGACCAGUAUAACUCGCGGUUACAGAGUGCGGAAUGGACCAAGGAAGAGACUGACUACCUAUUGGAGCUCGUCAGGGAUUUCGACUUGAGGUGGCCGUUGAUAUGGGACCGAUACGACUACAAACCUGCCCAGGCGGAGGGAGAUACGACUAAUGGGACCAGCUCGGCGGUUGUGCCCUUGGCGUCAACGCGUUCGAUGGAGGACCUGAAGGCACGGUACUACGAAGUUGCUGCCAAGAUGAUGGCAGUUCAGAAGCCGGCACAAUACAUGACGAACGACGAGUUUCAACUAUACGAAACGAUGCUCAAGUUUGACCCGGUUCAGGAGACGCAAAGGAAGAAGUUUGCCGCCAACUGUCUUACCAGGACAAAGGAGGAGGCCCGAGAAGAGGAGUCAUUGCUGCUCGAGGUCAAACGUAUUCUGGCCAGGCAAGAGCGGUUUAACGAAGAGCGCAGGGAAUUGUACAACAGAUUGGACUAUCCGCCAACUUCAGAUACCACCGACAUAAGCAGUUUCAAGACCAGUCAAGGAUUAAGCAAUUUGAUCCAGAACAUCGUGACUGCAGACAAGACCAAGAAGCGCAAGUCUCUUAUGGCGCCGGAGAGUGCUGGAGGCGCUGCUACUACCGCCGCCGCCGUCGCCGCCGCUCCCGCUUCUGCAGGCGCGGCUUCGAAUGCACAGCCGGCAAGUGCCACGACAGAAAGCCGUCGUGAAAGCAUUGCGGCGACCCCGGCAGGGGGCCAUAGGGAUUCUACCUCUGCAGUCGAGAAACCUACUCCCGUUGAGGCGCCAGCAAAGGGUAGCAAGAAGGGCUCGGCUCAAACAGAGAGGCGCAAGCUUAACGAACAUGAAGAGCAAGUCUAUGGUGUUUCAUAUCACGACCGGCUCAGCUCCGGGCCGACCUUUCGCAAUGAGAAGGUCAACAAACUCUUCUCUCACAAGAGUAUGCAACAACAACAGCGUAUUACCAAUGUGCUCAACGAGCUCGACAUACCGGCUCGCCUUGUCAUGCCGACCGCUGCCGUCACUUCACAAUUCGAGCAGUUGGUGCAAACAGUCACACAGCUGGUGGACCUGCGGAAGCAGAUCGACAAGCUGGACGGCGAGAUCAAGGUCGAGCAGGCGCGCAAAACAGAAAGAGAAAAGGCGCAAGGAGUCGCCGCAAGCCAAACAGACGGUGCUGCCGAUGUUUCCAAGGCUCCACCAGAGGGCGGCGACAAGACCACCGCUGCCCCUGCCAAAGCCGACGGUGAGAAGCCGCCCCCCUCCAAAGCCGACAAUGCUACCUCUGGCGAGGCAAAUGGGGACAAGGCCGCUGUAGCUGCAAGCACCGAACCAGAACCUGCCACAAAUGGGGACAAAAAGAGUACAGGAAAUGGGCAGGCGACCGAGGAGGUGUCAACGAUAAAGGAUGAGGAUGCUGCCGAUAAAGAUAAAACAACAGGCACGCGGCCUGGGUCAAGAGGCUCAAGACCGGGAAGUCGGAACAAGCGCAGUGCAAGUGUGCUAUCUGCGGGCAGUGACAAGGGCAAGAGACAGAAACGUUGA